GUUUGGAGAGUUGAAGCUUUUGGUUUCGCGACAGUCGGACUUUCACAACUACUGGAUAGAAACGCGGGCUGGAAGACGGGAUUCCCGCGACGGAAAACCUUCAUCCACUGAGUCAAGAUGUUGAACAUGUGGAAAGUUAGAGAACUGGUUGAUAAAGCAACCAAUGUUGUUAUGAACUAUUCAGAAAUUGAAUCUAAGGUUCGAGAGGCCACAAACGAUGACCCAUGGGGACCCUCAGGACAGCUAAUGGGAGAGAUAGCCAAGUCUACAUUCAUGUAUGAGCAGUUUCCAGAAGUUAUGAACAUGCUGUGGUUCCGAAUGCUGAAGGACAACAAGAAAAACUGGCGGCGAGUUUAUAAGUCGUUACUGCUGCUGGGUUACCUGGUGCGAAAUGGGUCUGAGCGGGUGGUCACCAGCACAAGAGAGCACCUGUAUGACCUGCGCUCAAUUGAGAGCUAUCACUGUAUAGAUGAGAAUGGGAAGGACCAAGGCAUCAACGUGCGGCAGAAGGUAAAGGAGAUGGUAGAGUUUGUGCAAGACGAUGACAGACUGAGAGAGGAGAGGAAGAAGGCCAAGAAAAACAGGGACAAAUAUAUCGGCGUGUCCUCUGAUAGCAUGGGGGACUUCAGAUACGGUGCUGACAGGUACGAAUCGCGCUCCAAGUGGGACGAUGACUGGGAAAACAAUAAAGGCACUUUCCCGUUUAGUGAGAAACUGGGAGAGAUCGGCGACAAGAUCGGCAGCACAAUUAAUGACACUAUAAACACAUUCCGCAAGAAAGACAGAGAUGACUCCCCAGAGAGAUUCGGUGAGACAGAGGAGGAGAGAAAUAAAGAGUUCCGUAGCAGGCAGUCGGGCAGAAAUGAAUUUAAAGAUGAAGAGGAGACCGUGACGACCAAAAGUGUUCAGAUUGUUCAGGCCACUGAGACUACUGCUACGCGAAAGAAGGCAUCCACCCCUUCAAAAACUAUAGACCUGGGGGCAGCUGCCCAUUACACUGGUGAUAAAUCUGCCACAAACACAAAUGCCACCAAGCCAACUGUCUCAGGUACAAAUCAGUCCAGUGGUGGUCUUGUGGAUUUGUUCAUGGCAGAUUCUACACCGGUGAAGCCAGCUUCUACAGAUUUACGCUCAGACCUGUUUGGAGGUUUUGCAGAUUUCUCAUCAGCUGCAGCUACAGCCAGUCUUCCUACAACAGCUGCCUCAGCACCUAGUGGAAAUGGAGAUUUUGGAGAGUGGAACGCGUUUUCAGAUGUGCAGUCGGCCCCUCCGCCUGUAAACCCUGCAACAACAAACCUGUAUGCACCUGCUUCUGCCUCCACAGUGCCCUCUGCUGAUCUUUUUGACCUCAUGGGUCCUUCUCUUAACACCAACAUCAGCGCUUCCCAAAGCAUAAACUUCUCCAUGACCAGUACUCUUCCCAUGUCCAAAUCUCAGCCUCUGCAGAGUAUGGGAACUCCACUGGUGCCUCAGCAUUCUGUGCAGAAACAUGAAGCCAAGAAGGCCUCCGUGCCAUCCACUUGGUCUGAUUCCAAUCUCAACAUCAGUCUGGACUACCUGGGACCUGGCAUGCAGCCCCCGAAACCAAGUCAGCCCACACUCAACAUGAUGCAGCAGCAUGUUCCAGUCAACAUGAUGACACAGGGUUUUGCUGGCAUGAACCUUGGCGUGCAGCCGGGCCCUGCCCCUGUACGACCCCCCACCAACCCCUUGAUGGUAAACAUGGGCAUGCCACCUGCCAUGGGAGGCGGAGCAAUGGGCGUAGCUCCUAUGGGAGGCCUGCCACUCAAUCAGGGCAUGAUGGGAAUGAACAUGAACAUGGGAAUGCCAGGAGCUGUUGGCAUGGGGAUGGGAAUGUCAGUGCCAGGCAUAAAUAUGAGCUCUGCUAUGGCACAACCGAAGCACGAUGCCUUUGCUGACUUUGCCAACUUUGGCAAAUGAAUCUGAGAGAUGGAGUCUGUAAGCUGGGACAAUCUUUGUGGAAGGCAGGAGCAUGAAGGAUUUUUGAAGAGCUGCAAACAAAGAUUACUUGAAAGAUGUCAAUUAAGGCUGCCCAGAAUUUUAUUGUUUGCUUACACAUUACUGAUGUGUAAAAGGGUGAAUCUAAUCAGUCUGAGUACCACAAGUAGCCACAUGGACAGCAGUCCACAUGAGAGAGAAAUGUGUGAUUUGCACUUCCACUUCUAACAUUCAAAUCUCGAAAGAAUCUUAACUACAGGAUCUCAUAUAUAUAUAUAUAUAUAUAUGAUCCUGUAGUUAAGAUUAUAAAUAUAAACGGAAUGACAUUGACUUGGCCCCAAAUGAUGUUCUCACUCUUUCAUGUCGUUUUUGAGGAUUAUUCGAUUUGAUUCAAUUUAAUUUAAUAUCCUCUAUCUAAACUUGUAAAUACUAUUAAAGAAGAUAAGUUAUUUAAAUACAAGAUUAUUCAUUUAAUGAUGAUUCUUAUAAUGAUGUGUGAAUCAGCGCAGAACUAUAGUAAAGACAGUGCGAGCGAGAAUCAUGUUGAGAGCAACCACUGUGGCCUUUGGAACGGGAAUAUAUUUUUAUAGAAAUGUGAUCUGUUUUGCAUUUUUAUGUGAAUGUACAUCAGACACACCCGCAGGUUCUGGUCCUUCAAUGUCCUUACAUACACAGUGCCUAUCAACCUGUUGCCUAUACCUUUUUCUGAAGAAGACAAUAAGAUUACAGUAUUUAUUUCAGUACUGUACACAUUUGAGCAUAUAUGUAUGCACGGUUUCGUUUCCUUUUUUUUUAUGUUUGUUUGUUCCCCCUAUGUUCACUGCAUGGCUAGUGUGAAUGAUAAUGUUUUGGGUUGUUUUCGUUUGUUUGUUUUCUGCACGUAAUAGGAUUAAAUCUUUCCUUUAUGCAAGUGGCUCAUGAUGAGUGAGUUGGGUGAGGCUGUAUACUGAGAUGCGUGAGGUUCACUGUGCUCUUCUGCUCACCGAGUGGAAUGUUAAAUCUUCAAGCCCAUCUCUCUAUUGUCAGAAGAAGGAACUCAACUUGACACCUUCUCUCACAUGUACAAGCAUUACACGCACACGCAAAAUGACCAAAAUCUGCCUUUUCUUUUCUUCUUUCCAAGGGAUUGACGUCUUUUUAAGUUUGUUAGGGUAUAUGUGUAAGAUUGCGGUAUCGUAUAUAAAUAUAUAUAUAUAUAUAUAGGGGUUGAUGGAUCUUUACUGAAAAACACUAUACUUUAUAUGCAAAUUCAACCAACCAACAAAACAUCCCUUCUUCUAAAGUGUAUGUCCUCACAUUCAUACACUGAUCUGAUUGUACCUAUGAUGGUCUUUUAUGUCCGAGAUUAAAGAGUUGAUUUUCAUUUGGA